CUGCUCGGAUUACGAGAAUAUUUGUCUAAAAAUUUUAAUCAAAUGAAAUGGCUUAAAAAUAAAUUACCAAUUCUUGCUAAUAUUGCAAAUGGUCUUAAAACUAUUCAUAAGGAAGGUUUAACUUAUCGUGAUCUUCAUUGUGGAAAUAUUUUAAUUAAUAGUAAUAUAUCUUAUAUUUCCGACUUUGGACAUCCCGAUUGUCUUGAAGAUUCUACUAAACAUAGGCUAUUUGGUGUAACACCAUUUAUUGCUCCAGAAAUUUUUAUAAGCAAAUCAUUUAAUACUAAGUCAGAUAUAUAG